GGUGGAUCUGUUCGUGUAGUGGUUGUAUUUCGUGACGUUGGAAAGGGCUAUGUGUGGCGUGUAGCAGUUGGUGCGCCACCACCUUUGCUACGUACUUACAUAUAUGUUGUGUGUGUGUGUUUGCUGAUGAACCAGGUCGCUAGGUACAAUAUGUAGGUAUGCCACGCAGUUUUAAACACUAGCUUUGAUAAUGAAACGUCAGGUGCACGUAGUAGUAGCAUAUCUCUAAAGCAACUGUCAUUGGUAACCAUCUCGUUUCUUCGUAGCGUGCAGUGUGUUAGGUACCGUAUUAUAUUCCAGUUUACACGUCGACGUAGGACAACGUGAAUAUGUACACACAUUAUAGUGGACUUGCGAUAUACGGCCGUGUGCAGGGAGAUCAACUUGUGUCUGUGUGUGCUACUAUCGUCGUCAGUCGUCAGUCAGGCAUGGGGAACAUGCAAGACGAAGCUGGCAGCUAUGAAGGACGAGCACGAGAAAAGAAAGAGGCGCGCCAUUGCGCGAGCAGAGAGGAAGCGGAACAGCUUCGGAAGCGUACGGAGGCCAAUGCGAACAAAUAGAGCAGGACCUGGCCAGCCACGCGAACAAGAUGAAGUUACUGGAGAGCGAUUUGGACCUGGCCGAGGAAAGGGCAACCGACAGUACGGCAAAGCUGAAGGAUGCAGAGACGAGAGUAGAGGAGCUGGAACGAGAGAACAAAGGCCUACGAAAGGAAAUAGAACGGAUUGAAGCCGACUUGGAGCAGGCAGAGGACAACUACGAGAAAGCCAAGAAAGAGCUCGAAACCACUCUCGCGGAAUUGGGAGACUUGUAAUGGGGCAGCCCCUGCAAAAAUAGUUCAUUUGUUUUGCAGUUCAAUCGAGACUCUCACGAAGAGUAAAUUUAAACUUAGUCCACUUGUAGUAGCUACAGUUAGCUAUUUUAUUUUGAUUUAUGUGAUUUUGGCACAGAAUGUGUUGUGUGCUAGUACAUACCUUCCCUGUAAUAAUUUGCAACAUUUGCUGUGAAUUUUUUUCUAGUGGCAUAGGCAAAUUUAUGGAUGUAAUAGAGAUUUAAUUCAUGAUCAACAAUGUUUUGUAGGCUAUUGUUUCACAUUGCCCCCAAAUUUUAACCACAGACAUUCACAGCCAGGUUUCGCUGC